ACAAAACAUAUCAACAUCCAACAAAUAGAAAAAGGCAUAAAACUCGUCUCCCCAUCUCUCUCUUCACUAAAAGAAAUCCAUUUUUAAUCAAUUCUAUAAACUCCCACCAACCAAAACAUUUCACCAAAAAAAUUAAAAAAUAAAAAGUAAAAGAAAACCCAAAAUAUAAAAGAAGAGAAAACAACAUGCCAUGACAUCAUGAACAACCCCAUGAGCUCCGGCGACGAGAGCUCACCAAGCCUCGGCGGAUUCCGAUACGGCAUCGGCAUCUCCAUCGGCGUCCUCACCCUCGUCAUCAUCAUGACCCUAAUCUCCUACUUCUGCACCCGCGCUCGCUUAAACUUCGAACAGUCCACUAGACCCGCCUCCGUCGUGAUGAUCACCGUCGACGGCGACCCGGCGAUCUCCGGACAGCCUCGAGGACUAAACGACGACGUCCUCAGAAGCUUCCCGAAGCUUCUGUACGCCCAGGCGAAGCUCCACUUGAGGGAUAAUAACCGCGCAGGAUCAGCUUCCAGCAGCUGCUCGAUAUGCCUCGCCGAUUAUGCAGACUCCGAUGAGCUCCGGUUGUUGCCGGACUGCGGCCAUAUCUUCCAUAUCAACUGCGUCGAUUUGUGGCUCCGGCAGCACCCGACGUGCCCUAUCUGCCGGAGCUCUCCUAUUCCGACGCCGUUGACCACUCCUUUGGCCGAAGUCGCUCCGUUGGCGGCGGCGGCGCCUGCGGCUACGGCUACGGCGGCACGGUGAGAGUUAAGGCAAAAGGGAUAUCGGUUUGAGUUUGGAGUGAUCUUUUUGUAGAAUUUGAGUACAGGUUUUCAUAUGAAUUUGAGGUUUACAUUUUUGUUGUUGUUGCAGUUCUUUGUAAAUAUUGAAUGACUUUUCUCCCUAAUCAAGUUUUGGGUGCGAAAAUACAAGCAAAAAAAAAACAACAACAAAGUUUUGGGUGUCAAAAUUACCUUAAUGUCUUUAGUUGACAAAUUUUCAUGAUCACAUUUUUUUUUUUUGUUUUGCUUUUUUCUCUUUUUCCCGGCCAUUUAUUCUGUUUUUAUUAGGAUAUUUCAAAAGGACGUCUAAUUUCUGCUUGCUUUAGCA